AUGCUUUCUCGAGGGCAACUUCUUCGAAGCGCCGGGGCGCGGCAGCCCGGUCCUUCUGUUUCCUCCGUGGUUGCGUCGCCGCGCACGCCUCUCUUUUUCGGAACUGAGUUCAGUGUCGCGUCGCUGCGCGUCUCGUCUACUCGCCUUCUGCCUCCUCUUGCGCGUCGGUCUCUCGCCUCCACUUCGCCCUUCUCCCCUGCAAGUGCUUCUCUGGCGUCUCCUCGCGCUACGAAACACCGCACGACCAGACCGACUCGACUUGGAUGUCUUUCUCCUACACAGGCCAACGCCGGCGCUUGCCCACCCUCCACGCCGCCUCUCUUUCUCCGACGUUUCUCCUCGGCUUCACACGCCCCGUCAGCUCCCCAGCGAAGGAAGGGAAAGCGCGUCGCCUCAGACGAAGCAGACGAGACUGCAGUGUCUCUCCUGUCUUCUCUUUCGCGCUCGUCGGCCGCAACACCCUCCUCGGGGUGGCUGCUGGACACCGGCGAGAUUGCGCCUGAGGCCUUCGCUUCGGUCAAGCCCGUGAAAGACUUUCCCUUCCUCGCUCUCUCUUCCCGGCUCAAACGGCUGAAGGCGCGGCAGCAGCAGCUGCUUCGUGACUGGCAACUGCAGGCGGCGAGCGCGGGAGGCGCGGCAGGCGCGGGGAGCGGGGAGAGUGCAGAGAGCGCGAGUCCGGCGGGGACGGACGGCGAGGCUUCGUGCACGUUCGAAGACGCCGUCGCGAGACAAGAGGAGAUCCAGAAGAAAAUGAAGAUUCUGGAGACGCUCGCGGCUUCCGCGAGUGACCACACGCCAGACCAGAUCGGAGACACGGGCCGCAUCGCCUUCCUCCCGCACGCAGACGCCGUCAAUCUCCUGGUGCUCCUCGCAGCAGAAGCAGAGAGCCUGGGAACCGGGGGCGGGAGAAACAGCGCAACCGCGAGCGAGGUGGGCGAGGAGACAGAGGCGACGGCGGCCUCAGACGUGGGACGGAAGGCGGCAGACGAGCAGAGCACACAAGGCGAGGAAGGCGAGACGGAGACAGAGGGCGAGGCGCGGGGCGCGUCUCAAACCGCGCAGACCGACGCGUCGGAAUGGCGCCUCAAGUGUGAAUCCAACAAACAAAAAUGGAAGAUGUGCAUCGCCAGACUGAAAGAACUCGCUCUCGACCACGAGGACGCUUUCCUCGUGUUCUACUCCAUGUGCGUCACCAACCGGCUCGACGCGCAGCUGCUGCCGGUCCUGCUGGAGAGACUGGAGGCGGGAUACUUCUCCUCGCAGGCGCUCUCGAAGCCUCUCUUCCAUCCGCUGUUCGAAGUCUGGGAACCGCCGUGCGACAGCUUUGCAGCGUUGGUGAACGUGCUUCCCCUCAGCGCGAAAGCAGUUGUUGUCCAGGCCGAACGGCGCUCCGAGCGCGACAGACGAGAGAGCGAAGGCUGGUUGGCGCCUCCGGAGUCAGCUCCCCUCGUUCUUCCGAAUUGGAAAACGAUGCAUCCUGUCGACAUGGAGUCGUGGGAGAAGAAGCAGCGGCGCGUGGUUCGGACGCGCUACGUGAAGGCGGAAGUCAUCCGCCAAGCUGACGGGCGAAAGCUCGCAGCGGCGCUUGCUCUGCAUGGCCGUCAGACACCUGCAUCGCCCCUCGCUUCCCCGGCAUCGGCGGACCUCGCACCGGCUGAGGGAGAAGAGAGAAACUCCGCGGCAAUCUGGGAGUGUCGCGUCCUCGCCAAGCUUCUCUCAACCUUCCUGGCAGUUGCCGACUAUCAACCCUCGCUCGACUUCGUUCUUCUUCUCUCGGACGCGCUACGGAACUCCCUCUGCCGUACCGCUGUCCUUCCCUCGACUGCCGUGUCUCCGCCCUCUUCGGCGCCGCCGUCUUCUUCCGCAUCUAGCGCGCUUUCUCCUCGCUCUCUUCAGGAAAGCGACGUUUUGUCGCUGACGGACAUUGCCGCCGUUCUCGACGGCUUCGCGACGUCGGGAUACGCAGUGCCUUCCCCUCUGUUCUCUGCGCUGCUGGAACACUUCCUCUGUGACGUCGAUCUCUUCCUCGCCUCCUCUCCGCUUUCUUCGGCUGAAGCGCCUGAGCGCCUCUCCCGCAGCUACUUCUGUUCCGAGCGAGGCCGAGCGACGCCGCGGGACUGCGCCCGGCUCCUGCACGCUCUUGCUGCGCGCGGUGUCUCCUCCAGAGAGGGCGACGGGUCGGCAGACGCCGCAGCAGAAGGCAAGAAAAGGGGAACUUUGGAGAGUCUGAAGACAGAGGCAAUGACGCAGGCGUGGUGUCUCGCGGCGCCUGUGCUCCACGACCUCCAACCGUACUGCACACUGACGGUUUUGAACAGCAUGAUGGCGGCGCAUUCUCCGGCGCAAGUGCUGUCAACGACCUUCUUCCAACGAAGCCUCGAGAAGUUCGUUCGCGAACACCCCGACUGCGACUCGUCCGUCAUCGGAACGCUCUUUGGCGUGCGGAAGGCUGUGGAGCAAAGCGAGUGA